AUGCCUAUGAAUGACCUGCCUUUUGCGUCCCAGAACAAUGGAGGUGACUUUGUGGCUGCGGACAAUAGUUCCCUGGUCCAGGCAGCACUGACUCAGCAGCCGUCCUCGUUUUCAGCGAACCCAGGAGACACCGUCAAGAUCACCUGCACUGGGAGUAGCAACAACUACUAUGGCUGGUACCAGCAAAAGGCACCUGGCAGUGUCCCUGUCACUGUGAUCUAUAGCAAUGACAAGAGACCCUCGGACAUCCCUUCGCGAUUCUCCGGAUCCCAGUCUGGUACCACGGGCACGUUAACCAUCACUGGGGUCCAAGCCGAGGACGAGGCUGUCUAUUACUGUGGUAGCUGGGACAGCAGCAGCAGUACUAGUUCCGUGGUCCAGGCAGCAGUGACUCAGCAGCCGUCCUCAUUGUCAGCGAACCCAGGAGACACCGUCAAGAUCACCUGCACCGGGGGUGGCAACUGGUAUGGCUGGUACCAGCAGAAGACACCUGGUAGUGGCCCUGUUACUGUGAUCUAUGAUGACACCAAUAGACCCUCGGGCAUCCCUUCGCGAUUCUCUGGAUCUACGUCUGGCUCCACGGGCACAUUAACCAUCACUGGGGCCCAAGCUGGGGAGGAGGCUGUCUAUUACUGUGGUGGCUGGGACAGCAGCAGUGAUGCUGUUGUAGUGACGCAGAAUUAUGUGGAGAUUAG